GAGAGAGGGUGCGCGCGCGCGCGCCCGCGCAUUACCGGAGCGAGCCGGCGAGUGCGCGCACGAUCGGGGAGGGGGGGUGGGUACGGUGAGGAAAGUGAAAGCGCCCGAGGACCCGGAACCGACGAGGUGUGGCGUCCCCUCGGUGAUUUUUAUUCUCCUUUAACCUUGCGGCGGAGGAAGGCAUGAGCCGUUAGGUGCGGUUCAUUGGCCUCGCCUCUCGACGCCCAGCCCGAGCUGCAAGAUGGCAGAGGCCGAGGGGUUGGAGACGGCCACGGAACACGAGCGGAUCCUGCAGGAGAUCGAGAGCACGGACGCGGCCUGCGUGGGCCCAACGCUCAGAUCGGUAUAUGAUGACCAGCCCAAUGCACACAAGCGGUUUAUGGAAAAACUUGAGGCCCGCAUUCGUAAUCAUGACCGGGAAAUUGAAAAAAUGUGCAAUUUUCAUCAUCAAGGUUUUGUUGAUGCUAUAACUGAACUGCUUAAAGUGAGGUCAAAUGCAGGAAAGCUAAAGGUUCAGGUAACUGACACUAAUCGGCGGCUUCAGGAUGCAGGAAAAGAGGUGAUUAACCAAAGUGAAGAGGUAAUUCGAUGUAGGGUGCAUCAGAGGAAUAUUGCUAUCACAGUUGAGAAGCUUCAACUUUGUCUUCCUGUACUUGAAAUGUACAGCAAAGUGAGAGAACAGAUGAAGGCCAAAAGAUAUUAUUCUGCUUUGAAAACUAUGGAACUUCUAGAAAAUACCUAUCUUCCCCAGGUUUAUCAGUAUCGGUUCUGUCAGAUCAUGACUGAAAAUAUUCCCAGACUGCGAGAAGAGAUCAAGGAAAUUUCAAUGUCAGAUUUGAAAGAUUUCCUAGAAAGUAUUCGGAAACAUUCUGAUAAAAUAGGAGAAAUGGCCAUGAAACAAUCACAGCAACAGAGAAUCUUCAAUAGUGUUGUAAAGAAGCAAACACACAAUGGGAAUGAAAGGAAGUUGUAUGUUGCCAGUGGUGCAGUCUUAGGACCCUUGGAUGCAGCAACAUCAGAGCAAUUACAGGAUGAGGAAGAAGAAUAUGAAGAUGAGGUUCUCACUGCCCAGGAUCUAGUAGAUUUCUCUCCUGUUUACAGAUGUCUGCAUAUAUACACCAUUUUGGGUGAUCGUGAAACCUUUGAAAACUAUUACAGAAGGCAGCGAAGGAAGCAAGCAGGACUGGUAUUACAGCCACAGUCAAACAUGCAUGAAACUGUUGAAGGCUACAGAAAAUAUUUUAACCAGAUUGUUGGGUUUUUCGUGGUGGAAGAUCACAUAUUACAUGCAACACAAGGGUUGGUGACCAGAGCAUUUACUGAUGAACUUUGGAACAUGGCACUUUCAAAAAUAAUUGCUGUCUUAAGAACCCAUUCAUCCUAUUGCACUGAUCCUGACCUUGUUUUGGAGUUGAAAAACCUAAUUGUCGUUUACGCUGACACUUUGCAAGGCUAUGGAUUUCCUGUGAGCAGACUUUUUGACCUAUUACUUGAAAUUCGGGACCAAUAUAAUGAAACUUUAUUGAAGAAAUGGGCGGUGGUGUUUAGAGAAAUUUUUGAAUCUGACAACUACAGUCCUAUUCCUGCAGCAAAUGAAGAGGAGUACAGAAUGAUAAUUAGUCGAUUCCCAUUUCAUGACACUGAGCUUGAAAAGCAACCUUUUCCAAAAAGGUUUCCAGUAUCUCAAUCAGUGCCUGAGAUCUACAAGGAGUUCAAAGAAUUCAUUUACGCAAGCCUUAAAUUUUCCGAGUCUCUUCAUCGCAGUUCAACGGAAAUAGAUGAUAUGCUCAGAAAAUCUACCAACCUGCUGCUGACACGAACUUUGAGUGGAUGUUUACAAAGCCUUAUAAAGAAACAGCACAUAGGUUUAACUGAGCUUGUACAAAUCAUCAUAAAUACAACACAUUUGGAGCAGGCCUGUAAAUACCUUGAAGACUUUAUAACAAACAUAACUAAUGUUUCCCCUGAGACUGUGCACACCACGCGACUUUAUGGGCUAUCCACAUUCAAGGAUGCUAGACAUGCAGCAGAAGGAGAAAUAUAUACAAAGCUCAACAGUAAAAUUGAUGAAUUCAUACAACUAGCUGAUUAUGAAUGGACUAUGACAGAACCCAAUGGUCGAGCCAGUGGUUAUUUAAUGGACCUUAUAAAUUUUCUCCGAAGUACUUUUCAAGUUUUUACACACUUGCCUGGUAAGGUAGCCCAAACAGCAUGCAUGUCGGCCUGUAAGCACCUAUCCACAUCUAUGAUGCAAAUGCUUCUGGAUGCUGAUGUGAAGCAGAUAAGCAUGGGAGCCAUUCAGCAGUUCAAUCUGGACGUGAUUCAGUGUGAAUUGUUUGCUAGCUCUGAGCCGGUGCCAGGUUUCCAAGGGGACACCCUGCAGUUAGCAUUCAUCGACCUCAGACAACUACUUGAUCUGUUUAUGGUGUGGGAUUGGUCGACAUAUCUAGCUGAUUAUGGGCAAGCUACAUCCAAGUACCUGAGAGUGAAUCCCAACACAGCUCUGAUACUACUUGAGAAGAUGAAAGAUACCAACAAAAAAAACAUAAUAUUUUCUCAGUUCAGAAAAAAUGACCGUGAUAAACAGAAACUAAUCGAGACGGUAGUGAAGCAACUACGCAGUUUGGUGAAUGGCAUGUCCCAACACACAUAGCCUGUUGCCCUGGUUAUUUUGUUCCUACCCUUUAUGAUUCUUCCGCCAGCAUUUGUGUACAACAGAAUGUAAAAGAAUGUGAAGUACCAACAGAGCAAUCCAAUUGGGAAUGUAAAGGGUAUACUGGUAUAAAAUAAGGGAAAGGGGAAAUAUUUUGUAUGUAUUUUUCAAAUCAUGCAGAAUUUGGUGUUUUGAGACUUUCUGAAUAUGUGCAAUGGUCUUUACUGCACACUGCAAAUGUUCAUAGUUAAUUUGUUUAAGGACACUGGAAAACUAAAUGUACAUAACACAAGCUCAAAUGACUGAUGGGCAGGGUCAAUAUGAAGUUAGGUGGGUGUGUUUAAAACAUUUCACAGAUUUUUGCAAGUUACAGUUGCAAUAUAAUUUUUUAGUUUGGUAGUUGCACUGUAAUCUCUAACUUUGUGGAUUGACUGUGACAUAACUUUGUAAAUAAUAAACAAAAAAGGCAUGUUGUUCCAGUCUUGCAUAGAGUUGGCUGAUGUUUCUUUUUCACUUUAUUGACCACAGUUGUUUGUAUGUUUUACCUGCUUUGAUGUUCAGUCUAAUUUUGUUUUCACUUCAUAUUCUGAAGGAGCUGUUUGGGAAUGUUUUACCUUCACGUUACAGAAAUGAUUGCAUGUAAAUUUGUAUAUUUUUAAUGUUUUUACUCAGGGCUAUACCACUAUGAUGAAUUUUGUUGAGUUUUUUGCAAAAAUAUUAAAAUUAACCAAAAGCACUUCUCCAGCAUUCAGAAAAAAAAUAUAACUUUUGAUUUACUUCAGCCCAUUUUUUCCCCUUUUAGAUACAGUUUACACCUUAAUUCAAAAAAUUGGUGGAAAAAUGAUAGCAGCUUCACUCUGAUUUUCAGAUUGGAUCCUUCUCUGCACAAUCAAUAGGAAAUGUGGUGUAUAGCUUCAUUAUCUCACUGUUUGACUUCCCAGUUUGUUGAUUCUUGUUUACAAGAUGGACAUAUUAAUGAAGGAUAUUAAAUUCUGUACAUUGAUCUAUUGCAGUACUUUAUUUCUACUCUCUAAUAAAAGUAACCCUGAGCACUUUUUAAUUGUU